AUGGCUGGAUCAAAUGUCAUUGGCAGAGUUUCGAAAGAAGUUCAUGAGAAACUACCAACUUCGGGAGUUAUCACAGUUGACUGCUCAGAGGAAGAUGAACCCACGCGAGUCCUUCAUCUACCUGAAGUCUUGGCAUGUGCCGUUUCCUCACGCUUCCGAGAUAUUUGCAAAUCGACCAAAAAGAGAUGUUUUCAAGCCGAAGAGUUACUCGGACAGUCGGUUGAGAAAUUCCGCAAAAUUUUCGACUACAAUAGUAUCUAUGACCUCCUUGAAGUGUUCUCGAGGUGGCUCUAUGGCAUAGAUUUCUCGGAAGCAAAAACGGCGUGUUAUAAUCUUUGGUUCUUCGGGCAGAAGAUAGGAUCCCCGUUCUUUCAAAACGAUGCCAUACGCCAAUUGUGCUCUACGGUGAAAGUCGAGAAAAGCGAGCUGUCCGACAUGUUCGAAGACUGCUAUAAUAUGGGAGACCUUGCGCAAAUCUGGGACAGAUCAGAUUUCGCCCCGGACAACGAGCUUGAAUACGAUCAAGACACAGAAGUACAUUGGGACAACAAGCAGAUGUUGAAAUUCGUUCUCGAUGUACAUGCUUUUGUUAGCUUGCAAGACGAAAACGUAGUUAGGAUGGUCUUUUUGGCAGGUGGGAGAUGUACCUAUCACCUUACCCAGAUUUUUGUUGAGGCAGUCAAAGCUGGAGGAUUCGACGGUGCACCCUGGGAAGAGAGGAAUAUUCACAAAUAUCUGCUGGAGGAGACACUCGCGGACGAAGGCGAUGCCGAGGAGGAUGACGAUGACAGCCAUGAUGAAGAAGAACACGAAGACGAUGAUUCCACUGAUUCCGAUUCUAUUCCCAAGCCUGUUUUGAAACUCAGUCUAAAGCGAAAAUCGCCAACGGAGGAUUAG